CUAGAAAAUAUUAAAACUCCAUUAUUUGGAAAAUAUUCAUUAAAUAUUUUCGGCCUCGGCACAUGUGCCAGUGAUCCCUUGCGACCAAUGGCAUAGUGGCAAGCCGCCCUGAGCCGACCCGUUUGCGGGCAUUAAUUUUGCCUGUGAGUUUCACUAUGAUAGCGUGCUUCCUAUGUAUCUCCAAGUGGUGAGUGAUUUUUUGUGGAAAAGGGUAAGUUUUGCGGUAAUUACAUAGCUUGAUUUAUCUGUUUAGUAAACAUUAUUGUGCCAGUUGAGUAUAAAGGUAUUUACAAGACCAUAAAUAACUAGCCUUGAUGUGUAAUAGUUAUUUGCGAUUUGGGAUUGGUGGAUUUAUCUGGAAAUGGGUACGAAAAUUGUAUUCAGAAGCCAAUGAAAAGUCAUAUAAUCACAACUUGAUCGAGAUACAUUAAAAAUGCUUUUUUUAAUAUCUCAAUUACUAUUUUUGUCGUAGUAGGGGGCAAAUCAGCUAUAACUAUUUUAAAGUUUUUAAGUUCAAAAGCGACGUUCAAAAAUUUUAACAUUCAAAAAUACUGUAUUUUUUCCCUUGAACUAGAAUAUAAAAUCACAAAAUAGUGAUGGCUAAAUUAGCCCCCUUACUACUGCAAAAACGUCACAUUUCAACAAAAUCAAUGAGUGGUCUAUUUUUAAAAACCUUUUCUUUGAAAAUUAGUCAAUCGAUCAGAAGUUGUGUCCAUGGACAUUUUUCAUCAAGAUGUCUAAAAUAACAUUCCAAAUUUUGUUAAAAAUUAACCAAAUCUCGAACUCUCAUAGGAAUAAAAUGUGGGGUCCCUUUAGGUGCAUUGUAGAGCUGUUUUUCAGUGACCCAGUUGAGCUACUCGGAGUAAGGGCACACGCACCGUAAGCGCAGUCGUUUCGUAAACGUAUCGUUACGACGCUACGCUUACGAGACAUGCAGCGUUCCACAAACGCAUCAUACUUGUAUCAUUUUGUAAGAUCUCAGUUGAAAUCAUGGCGUCAACGGUACCAUAAUAAAUUCCGAAGCUUUUAUCGAAUGAGGAAGGAGACAUUUCAGCCAUAUCGAGAGCAAUUAAACAAAACUUUUGAAUUUUACGCUUGCUUCUACGCCUGCCUUACACCAGACCGCUACGACUAUCGUAAUACGACUGGACAUCUCAUACGCUUCGCUGCAAAAUCGCUUCGUGUGCGGACUUGUUAGCACACAUACGAGUUCGUUUUGCUCUCGUCCUACGGGCGUAUUACGAUACGAUUGCGAUACGACGUAGUGUGCCAAGGGUCUAACUCAGCAGUGCUCAGCACCAAUAUUGUUCCACUGCAUUUUAUGUACCCAUAAAUACACUUUCUGGAGUAUUUCGGGAGAAUAUAUCUGUAAAACAAAAGACCACUGGAAAGCAGCUUAUGUAUUCAAUAAUGCUUCAUAAUUAAUAGGUUUGUUUUUCUUUUCAGAGCAGUGGAUUUGCAAGAUGCAGAAGAGGCUUAGAUUGGUUUUUAAUAUUUCUACUAGCAAAUUAAACCAGAUUUAGCAUUUCCUGUCUUUCAUUUGUUUCUAUGCGUUAAGAAGUUCAAGUGAAUCAGUUAUUACAGCCCCAGGUAUGCAUUUUGGAGGGCUGCAAAAAUUUAUUGAACUGAAAUGAGAUUAUACUGAAGAAUAAACUUAUUUUCAGAGAUCAAGUAAUCUUUUUUCAUGUAGAGUCCACAAACUUGUGUUGAUCAGGCUUCCACAUAUUAAUUCUUCAUAUAGGAGCUGAUAGCUUAAAAGUCUUUAUAUGACAUUAUGCUGAUCGCAGACACUGUAUCCAUUACAAACGCUGAUAAAACACAAUCUGUACAUUUUUAUCGAAAUAAUAAACAUCUAACAUUCACAAACCACCGCAAACGUGUCGCCUCAUUUAUUUACGAUAUCUCGGACUGUUAACAUUCUGGUGACCUCUGACCUUCAAAUAUAAACGUCAAGUUUUAGUUAGUCUUGCAAGUAUCUGAAAAUGUUGAAAAAGCUAACAAGGCUUGGCAGCGUGGGCAUUUUUAAACGAUGUAUUCAUGAUACCAAAGUUGGGAUCCUCGGGGUGCCCUUUGAGUGUGGGCAGCCCAAAAAAGGAGUCUCCCAGGGACCAGAUGCCAUCAGGAAAGCUGGAUUAAUGGAACAGCUUUCGGCAAUACAUGACAAAAUGGACAUCAAGGACUAUGGAAAUAUAUCAUAUACAGUGAACAGAGAAUUGGAGGCUAGUGUUCCAAAUAUGAAAGGGUAUGCUGAAAUUGUAGGAUGUACACAUGAAGUGUCAAAAAAUGUCGAGAAAAUCAUGAAAGAGGGUCGAAUGUGCUUGACUUUGGGAGGAGAUCAUUCUAUAGCUAUGGCAACAGUUGACGGGCACAUAAAGGCCAAAGAUAACGAGGUAUGCCUUCUUUGGAUCGACGCACAUGCGGAUUGUAAUACCAACAAGACUACACCAAGUGGAAACGUUCAUGGAAUGCCUAUGGCUUUAAUACCCUAUGAGUUGUCAGACUAUUGGCCUCAUCUACCAGGUAUGGACUGGCACAAACCCGUGAUGUCAAUUCGAAAUGUGGCUUAUAUAGGUCUCAGAUCUGUAGACUCUUAUGAAAGACUGAUUAUAGAAAAGUUAGGUAUCACCGCAUUUUUCAUGGCGGACGUAGAAAGCUACGGUAUAAAUACAGUUGUGAACAUGGCCUUAGAUAGAAUUGACCCCGAAAGGACACGAUCAAUACACGUCAGCUACGAUAUCGAUUCCCUGGAUACUCUGGAAGCUCCUAGCACUGGAACAUCAGUCCGAGGCGGCCUUACAUUGAGAGAAGGCAUUCAGAUAAUGGAAAUGGUGCACAGUACUGGCCGAUUGGGUGCCAUGGACCUAGUUGAAGUCAACCCACACAUCGGAAGUGAAGGCGAUGUCAAAAAGACAGUUGAAGCUGCAAUCCACGUCAUCCUAGCAGCAUUUGGUUACAACAGGAGAGGAUACAGGACACAAGACACAUUGCCUUUGCAGACUUUCCCUCCUACACGACAAGUCAUACAGUGACAACUCCCAUUUUUAUGAUCUCGAUUUUCCAAACGUCGCGUUGGCUUCAACUAACAAAAAAUAUCGAAAGUCUGUUAAGCGCAGAUUUUGUUUUAACUCAGUAUUAAAUUGUAAAACCUAAAAUACAGUAAGCCGGCGCAAAUAAAACGUUUAAGUAGGUUUUAGAAUAAAAUUCGAACUGUUUCUUAUUACAUCAUCCUUUCUUUUAUUACUCACCAUUUUAGGAAUGUUGGAAGAAAAAAACAGGAGGUUUAUGUACAAACAGGAACUGCUUUUCAAGAACCUUCUAGUAUGUUCAUUCUAGACUGCAUUCUUCUUGGUGGUAUAUAAUAUACUAAGUGACAUAUAAAUCCGAACACCCAGUUUAAAUGGUUUUAUUUUAAUAAAAUUUUGUAUAAGUACUUAAUGAAGC